ACCGGGCGGAUAGGAAAACGGGGAGAGAGAUAUCCAUGCGUUAUUUUCUCAAACAAUUUGAUUGCUUAGUGGGAUUCUGUUUUCUCUGUCUCGACACUCUCUCACUCACCCUUUAAAUAGUGCAGCUCACAAGAGCCAAUAUCCAUAUUCAACUCUAUUAAUCUAUCUCUCAUAAAUAUCAUCUACCAUCCAUCAUCAUCAACAAUGUCUAAUAGCACAACUGGGAAGGUCAUCAAGUGCAGAGCUGCGGUGGCAUGGGAGGCUGGGAAGCCAUUGGUAGUUGAGGAAGUGGAAGUGGCACCACCACAGGCUAAUGAAGUCCGCUUGAAGAUCCUCUUUACUGCUCUUUGCCAUACUGAUGUUUAUUUCUGGGAAGCCAAGGGGCAGACACCGUUGUUUCCCCGCAUAUUUGGUCAUGAGGCUGGAGGCGUCGUAGAGAGUGUCGGUGAAGGUGUAACCGAUCUUCAACCGGGCGAUCAUGUCCUGCCCGUGUUCACCGGGGAGUGCAAGGAGUGCCGCCACUGCAAGUCGGAGGAGAGCAACAUGUGUGAUCUCCUAAGGAUCGAUACAGAAAGAGGGGUCAUGAUCAAUGAUGGCAAGACGAGGUUUUCCAAAAAUGGACAACCUAUUUAUCAUUUUCUUGGCACAUCUACGUUUAGUGAAUACACUGUAGUCCAUGUUGGAUGUGUUGCCAAGAUCAACCCUGCUGCCCCACUUGACAUAGUCUGCGUUCUUAGCUGUGGAUUUUGCACAGGUUUUGGUGCCACCGUAAAUGUUGCAAAACCUCCAAAGGGUUCCACUGUUGCCAUAUUUGGAUUGGGUGCUGUUGGUCUUGCUGCUGCUGAAGGUGCAAGGGUUUCAGGGGCUGCCAGGAUUAUUGGUGUUGACUUGAAUCCUGAUCGAUUCGAAACCGCCAAGAAGUUUGGUGUGACUGAGUUUGUGAAUCCAAAAGAAUAUAAUAAACCUGUUCAAGAGGUGAUCGCAGAGAUGACUGAUGGAGGAGUAGACCGGAGUGUGGAAUGUACUGGAAGCGUCCAGGCCAUGAUAUCUGCCUUUGAAUGUGUUCACGAUGGUUGGGGUGUUGCAGUUCUAGUUGGUGUGCCAAAUAAAGAUGAUGCAUUCAAAACCCAUCCAGUAAAUUUCUUAGCAGAAAGGACUCUAAAGGGAACUUUUUAUGGAAACUAUAAACCGCUUAGUGAUCUCCCUAAUGUUGUGGAUAGGUAUAUGAACAAGGGAUUGGAACUAGAGAAAUUUAUAACUCAUUCUGUAUCUUUCUCGGAUAUUAACAAAUCAUUCGACUAUAUGUUGCAAGGCAAGUCUAUCAGAUGCGUCAUCCGCAUGGAAGACUAAAUUGUUUCAAACAUACCAUGAAUGCAAUCUUAAUAGUUUUUGUGGUGUGUGUAGAUAUAUAUAUAUAUAUAUAUAUAUAUAUAUAAGAGAAUAAAGUUUAUCCUGUGGGUUUUCUCAGGAGGCGAACCGAUAAUGUAAUGAAUAGUUAUGGGGUUUUGACAAUUGUGUUUGGCGUUGGUUAUGCACCUUAGUAAUAUAUAUGUUCAUGUUGAAGGAAAUCUUAGUAAGAUGUUUAUGAAGUUAUAAAUUUAGCA